CUAAAAAAUUAUCGUUAAAUUCAUUCUAUUCAUACGCCAUCUAUAGGACGUUCAUGAAAAUGAUGUAGCUUUUGUUUACGUUUGCUGACGACGACAACGUAAUCAAUAAUACCAAAGCAAUGAGCAAAAAAUGAUGUGAUGAUUACUGUACGAUGCGAUCACAAUACAUUGGAUCAUUUCUUUCCAAUUUUCGUUACUGUUGUAUAAUCGUGUAAUAUCAACUAUAAUGGAUGUCAACUAUAAUCUACGAUCGCCAGCGGUCAAACGGAUUCUGCUAGAGGCGAAAGAAAUGAAACAUCCAACCCAUGAGUAUUAUGCCAGACCACUUGAGGAUAAUAUAUUCGAAUGGCAUUUUACUGUUCGUGGUGCAUCUGAUUCUGAUUUCUCUGGCGGUCUUUAUCAUGGACGAAUCAUACUGCCCAACGAAUAUCCAAUGAAACCACCUUCGAUCAUAAUGCUUACGCCUAAUGGUCGUUUUGAAUUGAACAAAAAAAUCUGUCUAAGCAUUUCAGGCCAUCAUCCUGAAACAUGGAUGCCAAGUUGGUCGAUUCGUACUGUUCUAUUGGCCAUCAUCUCAUUUAUGCCGACACCAGCUCUCGGUCAUAUCGGAGCUCUCGACUACAGUAGCGAAGAACGUCGUGCUUUGGCCAUUAAAUCUUGCCAUUGGAAAUGUGAUCUAUGUGGACCGAUUCGCCAUCAUCUCAAGUCAAUCACCACCAAUCAGACGACCAUUGAAUCUGGAAUUAAUCAAUCAGAAUCAUCAUCGAUCAGUUCUGGUUCGGUUAUUGAGCCAACCAUUGUUCAUGCUCAACAACAAAAUUACUCCAAUUGGUCAUCGUGGUCAACGUUGGUCGUACUUUAUUAUUCUGUAGUGAUGCUCAUCAUUGGCCUAUUGGUUCGCCGUUUGUUAUCUCAUAUUUGAAUUCCAAAUUACAUUCUUUUUCUGUGUUAUUCGAUUAUAAUUUUUUUUUAAAUUUUAAUUUGCAAACCAUAUAUUGAAUAAAUGUUACCAUAUUUCACAACUUCA